GGUAACACUGGCCUCGCUCCAUAAUUCGAAGAACUCAACACAGUGAGGACUUUGGAUAAGACCAGACACAACACUACACUGAUAAUCACUUUUUUUUUUUUUUUUUCCUCUUCUUCACAACCAUCCAUGGCCUCCUCUGCAACUUCUCUCUCUACAUGUUCCUCUCUCUCCGUCCACACAUCUCGUUUCUCUCUCCUCAACCCAACACAUUCUCUCUCCACCACCCUCCAGGCCUCCGCCUCCAAAUCCUCACCCCUUUUUCAUCCUCUCUCCGCCCUAUCAAAACCCAACAAAUUCAAGCCACUCAAAGCCAAUCCAACCGACUCCGAUACCAUCUUCUUCGAAGACCUCGACCCAGAAGGCGAAUUCACCUUCGACCCACCAGAACGCCCAGAAGACUUCAUCGCACCACCGUCUUUCGACGACGGCCCACCGGAGACAGAAGAAGAAAUCGCAGCCGCGUACGAGGAAAUCUACGGUCCAGCUUACAGUGGAGAGACUGUGUUGGGCAAUGACAUAUAUGUGAUGGACUCGAAGUUCAAGAAAACAACUGGGUUUGGGGGAAAGACCAAGAGAGAGAAGGUGAGAGAUGGGUUUGAGGAAAGGGUGAUUCAGGUGAGAAGGGUCACUAAGGUGGUGAAAGGUGGGAAGCAAUUGCAUUUUAGGGCAAUUGUGGUUGUGGGAGACAAGCAGGGUCAAGUGGGUGUUGGGGUUGGGAAGGCCAAAGAGGUUAUUGGCGCGGUUCAGAAAUCGGCCAUUGAUGCUCGUCGGAAUAUUAUUAGGGUUCCCAUGACUAAAUAUUUGACCUUUCCUCACAGAUCUGACGGUGAUUAUGGAGCAGCAAAGGUGAUGCUUAGACCUGCUUCCCCCGGAACUGGUGUCAUUGCGGGAGGUGCGGUUAGGAUUGUUCUGGAACUGGCAGGAGUUGAGAAUGCUUUGGGGAAACAGCUUGGGAGUAACAAUGCCCUCAACAAUGCGAGAGCCACAGUCGUUGCAGUGCAGAAAAUGAGGCAAUUUAGUGAAGUUGCUCAGGAGCGUGGGAUUCCAAUGGAGGAACUCUGGAAGUGAUGGGAAAAUGUCAUUGUUCUAAGGGACAAUCACUGAAUUAGGAACCAUGAUACAGGCUCAUCUCACUGUUAAGUCGCGAUCCUCGUCUUUUUGUAAUUUACCCAUUUAAUCUCAUUCACAAUUUCUUGCCUUGUCAUUUUUCGUUCAACUGUCCAAAUUUCUGUUCAGAAAAACAUCACUGUGUUUCUAAUUAUCUGAGGAGAACAUGUUGUAUUACAUCUUUUAGUUGUCAAAUUGUAUCAUUGGUAGUGGUAGACCACCAUGGGACUACUAAUCACCUCUCUCUCA